AUGGAAUACGAAAACGAUCCAGGAUGGCAAUAUCUUCGUCGCUCUCGCGAUCAAAUACUUGAAGAUCAAAAUCGCCCAUACGAUUCAAAAAAAAAUUGCUGGGUUCCAGAUGCCGAAGAAGGAUAUAUCGCUGCUGAAAUUACUGCCACUAAGGGAGAUAAUGUUACUAUUGUAACUGCUCGUGGUAAUGAACAAACAUUGAAAAAAGAACUCAUUCAAGAAAUGAAUCCACCAAAAUUCGAGAAAACCGAAGACAUGUCUAACUUGUCAUUCUUAAAUGAUGCUUCUGUUUUACACAAUUUACGUGCACGUUAUGCUGCUAUGCUUAUCUACACAUACUCCGGUCUUUUCUGUGUCGUAAUUAACCCAUACAAGAGACUUCCAAUUUACACAGAUUCUGUUGCUCGUAUGUUCAUGGGUAAAAGAAGAACUGAAAUGCCACCUCAUUUGUUCGCUGUAUCUGAUGAAGCUUACAGAAACAUGCUUCAAGAUCAUGAAAAUCAAUCUAUGUUGAUUACAGGAGAAUCUGGAGCAGGUAAAACAGAAAAUACCAAAAAAGUUAUUGCCUAUUUUGCUGCUGUCGGUGCUUCUCAACAAGAAAGCGAUGACGCCAAAAAAGGUGAAGUUACUGUAUCUGAUGAAAAGAAAGUUACUCUUGAAGACCAAAUUGUUCAAACUAAUCCCGUUCUUGAAGCAUUCGGUAAUGCAAAAACUGUUCGUAACAAUAACUCUUCACGUUUCGGUAAAUUUAUCCGUAUUCAUUUCAAUAAACAAGGACGUGUUGCAUCUUGUGACAUUGAGCAUUAUCUUCUUGAAAAAUCUCGUGUCAUUCGUCAAGCUCCAGGAGAAAGAUGUUACCACAUUUUCUACCAAAUCUAUUCUGAUUUCAAACCAGAACUUAAAAAAGAACUUCUUCUUGACUUACCAUUGAAAGAUUACUGGUUUGUUGCUCAAGCUGAAUUGUCAAUUGAUGGUGUCAAUGAUACUGAAGAAUUCCAACUUACUGAUGAAGCUUUUACCAUUCUUAACUUCUCUGAUACUGAAAAACAUGAAUGUUAUCAACUUAUGUCUGCUCUUAUGCACAUGGGUAACAUGAAAUUCAAACAACGUGCUCGUGAAGAACAAGCUGAACCAGAUGGUACCGAUGAAGCUGAAAAAGCAUCAAAAAUGUUUGGAAUUAACUUUGAAGAAUUCCUUAAAGCUCUUACUAAACCACGUGUCAAAGUCGGAACUGAAUGGGUAUCUAAAGGACAAAACGUUGAACAAGUCAACUGGUCUAUUGGUGCUAUGGCCAAAGGUUUAUAUGCACGUGUAUUCCAUUGGCUCGUCAAGAAAUGUAAUCUUACUCUUGAUCAAAAGGGUUACAGUCGUGAUUAUUUCAUUGGUGUACUCGAUAUUGCUGGUUUUGAAAUUUUCGACUUUAACUCUUUCGAACAAUUGUGGAUUAACUUUGUAAAUGAAAAACUUCAACAAUUCUUCAAUCACCACAUGUUUGUUUUAGAACAAGAAGAAUAUGCACGUGAAGGAAUUCAAUGGACAUUCAUUGAUUUCGGUCUCGAUCUUGCUGCUUGUAUUGAGCUUAUUGAAAAACCACUUGGUAUCAUUUCUAUGCUUGACGAAGAAUGUAUUGUUCCAAAAGCUACUGAUUUGACAUUAGCUCAAAAACUUACCGAACAACAUUUGGGUAAACAUCCAAACUUUGAAAAACCAAAACCACCAAAGGGAAAACAAGCUGAAGCUCACUUUGCUAUGCGUCACUACGCUGGUACUGUACGUUAUAAUGUUACUAACUGGUUGGAAAAGAACAAAGAUCCACUUAAUGAUACCGUUGUAUCUGUUAUGAAAGCCAGUAAAGAAAAUGCUCUCCUUUUGGAAGUUUGGUCUGACUAUGUUACACAAGAAGAAGCUGCUGCUAAAGCUAAAGAAGGUGGUGGUGGUGGAGCCAAGAAGAAGGGUAAAUCUGGAUCCUUCAUGACUGUCUCUAUGAUGUAUCGUGAAUCUCUUAACAACCUUAUGACUAUGCUUAACAAGACUCAUCCUCACUUUAUUCGUUGUAUUAUUCCAAACGAAAAGAAACAAUCUGGAGUCAUUGAUGCUGCACUUGUUCUUAAUCAACUUACAUGUAAUGGUGUAUUGGAAGGUAUCCGUAUUUGCCGUAAAGGUUUCCCUAACAGAACCCUUCACCACGAUUUCAAACAACGUUAUGCUAUCCUUGCUGCUGCUGAAGCUAAAUCUUCUGAAGAUCCAAAAAUAUGUUCACAAAACAUGCUUGCUAAGAUUGUUGCUGAUGGUGGUCUUACUGAUGAACAAUUCAGAAUUGGUCAAACUAAAGUAUUCUUCAAAGCUGGUGUUUUGGCUAGUCUUGAAGAUAUUCGUGAUGAAAAACUUUCCAUCAUUCUUACUGGAUUCCAAGCUUCUAUUAGAUGGUACUUGGGAUUAAAUGAUCGUAAAAGACGUAUGGAACAACGUGCUGGACUUCUCAUUGUUCAAAGAAAUGUACGCAGUUGGUGUACACUUAGAACUUGGGAAUGGUUCAAACUUUAUGGAAAAGUCAAGCCACUUCUUAAAGCUGGAAAAGAAGCUGAAGAAAUGGAGAAAAUGGAAGGAAAACUUAAGGAACUCCAAGAUAAUUUGGAUAAGGAAGAAAAACUUAGAAAAGAUCUUGAAGAACAAUGUACUAAACUUUUGGAAGAAAAGAAUAGUCUUUUCACAACAAAUGAAAAUUCCAAGGGAACUAUUUCUGAUCUUGAAGAUAAAUUAACUAAACUUCAAUCUCAAAAGACAGAUCUUGAUAGACAAAUUAAUGAAUUAAAUGAUCGUCUUGGAGAUCAAGAAGAUCGUAAUGCUGAUAUUUCUCGUGCCAAAAAGAAGAUUGAAGGAGAAUGUGAAAAUCUUAAAAAACAAAUUCAAGAUCUUGAAAUGAGUCUUAGAAAAGCUGAAUCAGAAAAGCAAUCUAAAGAUCAUCAAAUCCGUUCACUUCAAGAUGAAAUGCAACAACAAGAUGAAAAUAUUGCUAAAUUAAACAAAGAAAAGAAACAUCAAGAAGAAAUUAAUCGUAAAUUGAUGGAAGAUCUUCAAUCUGAAGAAGAUAAAACUAACCACGUUAAUAAAGUUAAAUCCAAACUUGAACAAACUCUUGACGAUCUUGAAGAUAAUCUUGAACGUGAAAAGAGAUCUCGUGCUGAUACUGAGAAACAAAAGAGAAAGGUUGAAGGAGAACUUAAAAUUGCUCAAGAAACAAUUGAUGAAUCAAACAAAGUUCGUCAUGAUCUUGAAAACAAUCUUAAAAAGAAGGAAUCAGAACUCCAUUCUAUUACUUCACGUUUGGAAGAUGAACAAUCUCUUGUUGCCAAACUCCAACGUCAAAUUAAGGAAACCCAAGGUAGAAUUAAUGAAUUAGAAGAAGAAUUAGAAAACGAACGUCAAUCACGUUCUAAGGCUGACCGUGCCAAAUCAGAUCUUCAACGCGAAUUAGAAGAAUUAUCAGAAAGAUUAGAUGAACAAGGAGGUGCCACUGCAGCACAAAUUGAAGUUAAUAAGAAACGUGAAGCUGAAUUAGCUAAACUUCGUCGUGACUUAGAAGAAGCUAACAUGAAUCAUGAAAAUCAAUUAGCUGCUCUUCGUAAAAAACACAAUGAUGCUAUUGCUGAACUUGGAGAUCAACUUGAUCAAAUCCAAAAACAAAAAGCUAAAGUUGAGAAAGAAAAAGCACAAAUUCAACGUGAAAUGGAAGAUUUCUCUGCUCAACUUGAUGCUGAAACUUCUGCAAAACUUAACAACGAAAAAUUGGCUAAACAAUUUGAAAUUCAAGUUUCUGAACUUCAAGCUAAAGCUGAUGAACAAGCUCGCCAACUUCAAGACUUUGCUUCUCUUAAGGGACGUCUUCAUAAUGAGAAUGGAGACCUUGGUCGUCAAUUAGAAGAUGCUGAAUCUCAAAUUAAUGCACUUUCUCGUUUGAAAUCUCAAUUAACAUCUCAAUUAGAAGAAGCACGCAGAACUGCUGAUGAAGAAGCUCGUGAACGCCAAACACUUGCUGCACAAUCCAAGAACUUCCAACACGAAUCAGAACAACUUCGUGAAUCUCUUGAGGAAGAAAUUGAAUCUAAGAAUGAAGUUCUUAGACAAUUAUCUAAAGCUAAUGCUGAAAUCCAACAAUGGAAAACACGCUUUGAAGGAGAAGGACUUCUUAAGGCCGAUGAACUUGAAGAAGCCAAAAGACGUCAACAACAAAAGAUUAAUGAACUUACAGAAGCUCUUGAUGCUGCUAAUUCUAAGAUUGCUUCUCUUGAAAAAACUCGUUCACGUCUUAUGGGAGAUCUUGAUGAUGCUCAAGUUGAUGUUGAACGUGCCAAUGGAUAUGCUGCUUCAUUGGAAAAGAAACAAAAAGGAUUCGACAAGGUUGUUGAUGAAUGGAGAAAGAAGACUGAUGAUUUGUCUAAUGAAUUAGACUCUGCUCAACGCGAUAACCGCAACUUAUCUACUGACUUAUUCAAAUUAAGAAAUGCUCAAGAAGAAAUGGCUGAAACUGCUGAAGCUCUUAGACGUGAAAACAAAUCACUCUCUCUUGAAAUUAAAGAUCUUACUGAUCAACUCGGAGAAGGAGGACGUUCAGUUCAUGAAAUGCAAAAGAUUAUUCGUAGACUUGAAAUUGAAAAAGAAGAACUUCAACAUGCUCUUGAUGAAGCUGAAGCUGCUCUUGAAGCUGAAGAAUCUAAAGUACUUCGUGCUCAAGUUGAAGUUUCACAAAUUAGAUCUGAAAUUGAAAAGAGAAUUCAAGAAAAAGAAGAAGAAUUCGAAAAUACACGUAAGAAUCAUCAACGUGCUAUUGACUCUAUGCAAGCUUCUCUUGAAUCAGAAGCUAAAGGUAAAGCUGAACUUCUCCGCGUCAAAAAGAAGUUGGAAGCUGAUAUCAAUGAACUUGAAAUUGCUCUUGAUCAUGCCAACAAAGCUAAUGCUGAUGCCCAAAAGAACAUCAAGAGAUUCCAAGAACAAAUUCGUGAAUUACAAUUACAAGUUGAAGAAGAACAAAGACAACGUGAUGAUGUUCGUGAACAAUACCUCAAUGCAGAAAAGAGAGCUACCAUCCUUCAAUCUGAGAAAGAAGAACUUGCCGUUAACGCUGAAGCAGCAGAACGUGCCCGUAAACAAGCUGAAUAUGAAGUCGCUGAUGCUCGUGACCAAGCUAACGAAUUUUCUGCUCAAGCCAAUUCACUUUCUGCUGCCAAGAGAAAGUUGGAAGGAGAACUUCAAGCAAUUCACGCCGAUUUGGAUGAAACUUUGAAUGAAUACAAAGCUGCUGAAGAACGUUCCAAAAAGGCUGUUGCCGAUGCUACAAGACUUGCUGAAGAACUUAGACAAGAACAAGAACACUCUAUGCAUAUCGAUAGAAUGCGUAAAGGACUUGAACAACAAAUUAAAGAAAUGCAAAUUAGACUUGAUGAAGCUGAAGCUGCUGCACUCAAAGGAGGAAAGAAAAUUAUUGCUAAACUCGAACAAAGAAUUCGUGAACUUGAAUCUGAAUUGGAUGGAGAACAACGUAGAUACCAAGAUGUCAACAAAAAUCUUUCCAAAGCUGACAGAAGAAUGCGUGAACUUCAAUUCCAAGUUGAUGAAGACAAGAAGAACUUCGAACGUAUGCAAGAUCUUAUUGACAAACUUCAAAACAAACUUAAGACUCAAAAGAGACAAAUUGAAGAAGCUGAAGAAGUUGCUAACCUUAAUCUUCAAAAAUACAGACAACUUCAACAUCAACUUGAUGAUGCUGAAGAGCGUGCCGAUGUUGCAGAGAAUUCUCUUUCCAAAAUGCGUGCUAAGUCUCGUUCAGCUGCUAGUGUUGGACCAGCAGGAUUACAAGCUUCUCAAUCAGCUGCAGUCCUUAGAUCUCCAAGCCGUGCUCGUGCAUCUGCAUCCAAUCUUGGAGAUUAUUAA